AUUAUACGGGGUUUCUAUUUAACAAAUAUAAAUUAUUUUGUCUCCCGGAUACUACAGCAUGGCUGUCGGUAAGAACAAGCGACUUACGAAAGGGAAAAAAGGACAGAAAAAGAAGAUUGUGGAUCCAUUUACCAAGAAGGAUUGGUAUGACGUGAAAGCUCCAGCCAUGUUCAAUAAUCGAAAUAUUGGAAAGACCCUUGUGACAAGAACGCAAGGAACAAAAAUUGCGUCGGAUGGACUGAAAGGUAGAGUGUUUGAAGUCGCUCAAGCAGAUCUCCAAGCCGACGAAAUUUCCUUUCGCAAAUUCCGUCUCAUGGUGGAAGACGUGCAGGCCAAGCUCUGUCUCACUAAUUUCCAUGGCAUGGUGUUUACAACAGACAAGUUACGAUCAUUGGUAAAGAAGUGGCAGACUCUUAUCGAGGCUUAUGCUGAUGUUCGAACAACUGAUGGCUACCUACUACGUGUUUUUGUCAUUGGAUUCACAAAACGUCGAAGCAACCAGGUGAAGAAAACUUGCUAUGCUCAAACUAGCCAAUGCAAGUCUAUUAGGCGAAAAAUGGUGGAGAUAGUUCAGCGUGAAGUAUCUAACAGUGAUAUUCGCGAAGUAGUCAACAAACUUGUUCCUGACAGUAUUGGCACAGAUAUUGAGAAGGCUUGUCAGUACAUCCAUCCACUACAUGAUGUAUUUGUUCGUAAAGUUAAAGUGCUGAAGAAACCAAAGUUUGAUUUGGGGAAAUUGAUGGAUCUACAUGGUGAAGGUGGUGCUGUGAAGUCGUCAACAACAGGAGACAGCAGUACUGGUCAACCUGUUGCACGAUCUUCAGGAUUUGAUGAACCUCCUAUUCAAGACAGUGUUUAGUACAGUUCAUGGAAUGUUGGUUUGAUUGCAGAAUAGAGAGUUAACAUUUCCAUGUA